CGGCGGCAGAGGCAGACAACGCCGCCAUGAACGCCUUCUUCACGUCCCUGGCGCGCGGGCUGGACGAGCUGGGCCGUGCAGGCGGGCUGUCGUCGCUGCCGGCUCUGCUGCGGGCGGCGUCGCUGCUCAGGGGGCUGCACUCGCAGCUCACGCUCAUGGUCGGCCAGCUCCACCUGCCGCCGGGCGGCCGCUGGCUCGACGAGUACAUGGACGAGACCGCCCGCCUCUGGGACGCCUGCCUCGCCGUCAAACUCGGCCUCGCCUCCGUCGAGCGGUAUUGCGCAGCGGCCUCGUGCGCCGCCGCGGCGCUGGAUGACUGGCUCCAGGAUCCCUCCCCUCUGUCCAGUAGCCAGGUGAUGCGGGCGAUCUCCGUGUCGAGGAGGGAGGCCAUGGCCGCGGAGGAGGAGAACCGCGCGCUGGCGGACGCGAGGAUCGCGCCGCUCUCGCUGCAGCUGGACGAGCGGCUUCUGCUGCGCGCGACGGACGCCAGGCUUACGGGCUUCAACGGCUUCCGGGGGCUGCUGCACGCGCUCCACAACGCGAGCUCGCUCCUCCUGCUCAUCCUCGCCAGCGGCGCCGUCUCGUGCGCCGCCGCGGCCGGCGGCCCGUGCGGCGCGGACGACGCCGGGGCCGGCUUCGUGGCGUCCAUCGUGAUGCUGCAGCAGCGGAUGGCGGAGGAGGCCGCUGACGCUGAGUCCGACGGGCCUGGCGCGCCCGGGAUCGGGAUGUGCGAGUUCCGGUGCGCGCGCGCCGCCGUGGAGGCGGCGCGGGAGGAGGUGGAGCGCGCCGCCGCCGCCGCCGCCGCCGCCGCCGCCGCGGCAGCGGGUCGCAAGUGCGAGGGCGGCGGUGUCGUGAAGGACAAGGUGGAGGAGCUCAAGGCGUGGCUGGACGUGCUACGGACCGGCACCCAUAGCCUGGUGUGCCAGCUGGACGACUUCCUGGACGACAUUGUGGAGGGAAGGAAGGAGCUCUCCGACCUGUGCAGCCAUUGAUGGAUCGAUCACGCCUCCUGCCCUGCCCCCGGUCGAGCCUCGGAGCUCCAGUGCCAGGAUAAAGAUCACCAUCGUCAUCACGAAUUCACGUGAACGAAUGAAUGAUGCUCGUUGCUUACCUGCAUGGCUGUACCUGUACACGCAAAUUAAAGUCAAAUACGUAGGAGAUGGAGAGGGCCUUGGCGCCUGUGGUCUCGCGGC